CAGAAGUGCUUGACUGCACGAACCACCAUUUGAACCAAAAACAAUAGCCAAAUCCUUUAUUCUUUAUUAUAAGUUAGCAUGUUUAUAUACUCAUAGUAUUCAUAAAGGUUACAUUUAUUACAAUUUUUGAAACGUCAGUUAGUUGUGCACAGUCGCACCCACCCCGGCGCGGCGUGGCGGUCAAUGAAUGCAACGGACCCGUGGCUACUUGGAUGAAGGCGGUGCUAGUGGUGGUGCCCAAGCAGCAGCAGGGCCUUGCCUUUGUGGUUAUAGAAAGAGAAGAUGGCUCCCGUUCUGGAGAAACAGCUCCCGGGCGCAGCCGACAACAACAACGAAGAGGAAGAAGGACAAAACCUAUGGACUGCAAUACUGAGUGAGGUUUCAACUACAUCGAGUUCAAAGUUGCCAUCAGGGAAAAAUCUCCUGCUAUUUGGUGAGGAUGGAUCAGGAAAAACUGCACUUAUAGCUAAACUUCAAGGAGCAGAUCACAACAAGAGAGGGAGGGGACUCGAGUAUAUGUACUUAAAUGUCCAUGAUGAGGACAGAGAUGAUCUUACUCGCUGCAAUGUUUGGAUCCUGGAUGGAGACCUAUACCACAAAGGCCUACUUAAGUUUGCUGUUUCAGCUCAGUCACUACCUGACAGUCUAGCUGUGUUCGUUGCAGAUAUGUCACGGCCUUGGACCAUUAUGGAGUCACUCAAAAAGUGGGCCGGUGUGCUACGUGACCAUGUGGACAAGCUAAAGAUCUCUCCGGAGGACAUGAGAGAAAUGGAGCAGAAGAUGGUUAAAGCGUUCCAAGAGUACACAGAACCGGAGGAUGCCGCCCCAACCUCCCCACUGAGAAGGGCCCCCACGGCAGGGGAAGAUGAGGCCGUUGUGCUACCACUUGGGGACAACACGCUCACACACAACCUGGGCAUUCCAGUGCUAAUAGUUUGCACAAAGUGUGACGCAGUCAGCGUUCUAGAGAAGGAGCACGACUACAGAGAUGAGCACUUCGACUUCAUCCAGUCCCACAUUAGGCAAUUUUGCUUACAGUAUGGAGCUGGCCUGAUCUACACUUCAGUCAAAGAGGAGAAGAACAUGGAUCUGCUUUACAAAUAUAUAGUGCAUAAAAUGUAUGAGUUCCAGUUUACCACACCAGCCUUAGUGGUAGAAAAGGAUGCCGUGUUCAUUCCAUCUGGAUGGGAUAAUGAGAAGAAAAUUGGGAUUUUGCAUGAAAACUUAUCAACAGUCAGACCCGAGAAUUUGUUUGAAGAUUUCAUCACGAAGCCUCCUGUACGAAAGCUGGUUCACGAAAAAGAGAUCAAUGCAGAGGAUGAGCAGGUAUUCCUGAUGAAACAACAGUCUUUGUUAUCGAAGCAGCCGGCCACACCAACAAGAGGCGCCACAGAGUCUCCGGGCCGAACAGCCUCGGGGUCUCCCAGGCCCGCGGGUCGCGCCGGCCAACCCACCGCGACCAGCGGCUCGCCGAUGGCUGCGGUCAAAAAGCCUGACCCCAACAUGAAAGCUGGCGCUGCCAAUGAAGGAGUGCUGGCUAACUUCUUCAACAGCCUGUUGAGUAAAAAAACUGGAUCCCCGGGGAGCCCAGGAAGUGGAGCCGUAGGAGCUGGAGUCCAAGGGUCCGCCAAGAAAACAGGGCAGAAGCCGGGUUUGACUGAUGUCCAGGCGGAGUUGGACCGGAUGACUCGCAAACAAGACUCCGGGGUUUCACCGAACAACAUGCCAGCGCCGGCCGAGAACGAAGCGUGAAAGGCUGCCUCGCCGACUGCGUCAAUACUCCGGAAAUAUACAUGUACAUGUGAGCAUGAAAAAAUGACCAAAUUCCCAACGGCUACCAGUCAGCGCGCGCACACACACACACACACACCUCUAAAUGAGUUUCAGAUGUUCUCAGAUAUUUUGUUGUUCUGGUGAAACCGGAUGAGAGAUGGAGGUGUUUUUGAGAUGAUCCGUACUGACGGCUUGGCUUUAUUUCUGUCCUCUCAACUGUAUUUUUUUUUUUUUUUUGAGGGAUGUCAGUUUUCAGAAACUCGUGCACUCAGUCAACCUCCCCCCCACCCGUUUCUGGCUUAAAACAGCCACUGUUCAUGGGGGGUAAAGAGUGGAAAUAUACUGGUCUUGUGGCCACUGGUUCAGCUUAUCUGGCGGAAAGAUUUGGUUGUGAUUGGAAAGUUAUUUAACUUUUAAAUAUAUUCCUUGAUGAAAGAAAUUAAAAUAAUGGCAAAAAUAUGUAUGUGGGAAAAAAAAGUUUGCUAUGAUACUGCUGUAUUUAUACAUAGCUCCUCCUUUUAUUUUGUGCACCACUUAUUGGGUUAAGGAAGCAUUCAUCUGUAUCACAUUAAAAAAAAACAAUGCCACUGACGUCAUGACACUAAUCUGACCAGUCCAAAUCGCUGGUAUCAUAUCAUUUGCCCGAUUCAUCUCGAAGGAUUCUGUAAAUAUAUUUACAAAAAAUAUUAUUCAGGUUUACUUUGAUUUUUGUAUAAAAUGCAAUUCUGUCCAAAUUAUGAAAUAGGUGUUUGACUAAUUGGAGACUUGUUGGAUUUGAUGGGCUUAAAGUUGCAAAAGAAACAACGAUAAACCUUUCGCUACAGGUGUGUAUAUUUGAGGAUGGGCAGCAUCUUUCCUACUAUAACUCCUAAGUGCCUCGCACAGUUAGCGGUUUCUGUCAUAUUGGAGGUGCACAUCUACACAAAAGGAAAUGCACUGUCGACUAAAAGGUUUAUGUCCAUUUUUUUUUUUCUUCAAAUAAUUUAUUCUGUUUUACAUUUUUGUUAAUGACUGGUCUGUUAUUUUUCAGAAGGAAAAAAAGAUUCUUGUGGCGUAGCUGAUAGUUAAAUAGAGCGAUAGAUUGAAUGCUCAUACAAACUGUAAAGACUGCUGAUUUUAAGAAAACCUCAUGACGGAACCGAACCCUUUUGAAUCCCCCCCAGAAGACUUUGCAGUCCAAAGACAAACGGUGAUUGACAGCCCGGUCCUUUGCUUGGUUUCAUUCAGGCAUACUUUGCAUGUCGGUUUUUAACAUUCCCGGUUUCUACAUGAAGUAGCAGUAGAAACUCAUCCGUAUGGGGACACCCUUUUGUCCAGUCAGGUCUUUUUUGUUAAGUCUCUUUCAGUGGCCAUUUCACAUAAUUACCCUUUGCCUUCAACUUUCAGCUAACGGUCCCACUGGGUCUCCUGCCUUCACGGGAACGCUCCUAAUCCAUUUGGGUGUCCUUAAGGCAUUGCUUGAAUGUGUUCUAUACUUUGGCUCCUUAAAAAAAAAAAAAAAAAAAAAAACGUAUCAAUAUACUUGUACUUUAUCAUCAACUCUGUAUGCAAGGCCCCAAGUAAUCUUAUGGAAAGUGUACAUGAGUAGCAUUCACAGAAUGAAUGGCAGUGUGAAGAGAGCAGCUAAUUGCUAUUCAAACAAUAGCAAAAAAGGAAAACUGGAGUUAAUUGGGACAUGGAACCAAAGAUUCAUAUUACUCACUAUUUUCUGCUUUUUGUAGUUAAUAUUUAUCCAUAAGAUUAACCAGUGGCCCUUCCUCUCCCUUCAUCCCACCCUCACAUGGCGCCUAGGAACUAGAAAAUGGUAGAAAUGCCUUACUACACUCCAUAACUGGGGUUUCAUGAGUCAAAGGAAAACAAAUACCAUAACUGUACAGUAGAUGGUCCAUUCUCAACUUUUUACUGUCUACAAAUGCAAUUAGUGUUUCACUUUAAAUUCGCUCUGUAAGGGAAUAGCUGUGAGACUACAUUGGUGUACAGUUAACUUGAUGCACAAUUUUUGAUUUGUUAUCAAUGAUGCUACACAUCUGUUUGGGAUUUAGCUCUAAUUGUGUUUUCCUUAAGUUUUUUUUUUUUUUUUUGGGUGUAAGCGGGUGGAUGUGCCUCAGGCUCUGUUGCCCAAGUGGAUGAAGCACAAUUAAAAAACAGCCAGGAGCAGUACCGCCACAUGUUGAAAUAAGCACUUUUCCUUGGACACUUAUAUCAAUUCCUUGUUGCUACUGUUUAAGAUGAAGAAUGCAUACUUUUCUUUUUGCCUUGCCUUUUUUUGAACGUUUGGUAAUGAUCCUAGACAUUCAUCUACACAGUAAAAUUAUUUAUCUGAAUUUGCUGCUUAAGUUAUGGAUGCUUCCCCUGGUGGUUAACUUUGGAACAACCGCUUUUAGCUGGUGAUUUUGUAAACUGAAUUGAUCCUUUUGGAAAUCAUCGUCAUGACACCUUUUUGAUCGGGAUGUUUUUAAAGACAUCGUAAAAAUCUAUAAACCAAAUAAAUAUCAUUUCAGGUUAUCCCUUUUUUGCUCAUUACAAUUCUCCUUGUUUGUUUACAUCCUAAUAAGGCAUGUUUUGUUUGUGUUAUCAAAUAAGGUUUUGCCCAUAGACUCUUUCUAUUUAACAUAACAUUGUAAUGCAACCCUUGCCUGAGUGACACCCCACCCAUAUUUCCUGUCAUUAUACUUCAUAUAACAUGGCCACAUUUUUUAAAAUUCAGCAUUUAGCUGAGUGGAAUGAAGUGCUCAUGCUGCUCGGUUUCAAAGUUGCACUCGCUCUUUGUAACGGUUAGAUGUUGCUCUCGAUAUUAAAUAAUGAACCGUUGUAACUUUUGUACUGAGUUGUCAGUUGAAAGCAACUGGCUCCUCCCAUCUGAACUGCAUUGCCUUUGACCACUAUUGACGGUCUACAACCAUGUGAGACGAUGGGCUUCUGCUUCCAGUCCUUUUUUGUAUUCAGGAUAGCAAGACAUUGUACACAUGGCUGGCUGCUUUUUGUGUCCUGAACUAAUUCGGAAGUUUGAUUGUAUGACUUUAACGCAAUUGUGUAGCCAUAAUGCUGCCGUGUGGAUUCUCGCUUCUUACGUCGACAAACUACGGAAAAUGUUUAUCAGACCCCUGGCUUCAAUAAAACCAAGAAUCCAAACAUU